AUGUUAAAAACGUUAUUAAAAACUACAUAUGAUAAACCCACAAAUGCAGCGUAUCUGCAAAUAGAAUUGUUUAGCGCGAAACAGCGAUAUAAAGAAACAUUAAUAGAAUACGUUAAUAGAAUACGUAAUUUGGUGCAGGCCGUAUCAGAAAUUAGCACACAAGGUAAAAGUGCAAGCAACGCAUUAGCCGUUAAAACCAAUAUAAGGGAACAGGCAUUGUUAGUAUUUUUGGAAGGGAUUAAUGACAGAAUAAAAGUAAUGGUAAAAAGUAAAAAUCCCUCCAUAUUAGAGCAAGCAAUACAGAUUGCAAUAAUUGAAGAUAAAAAUAUAACCCCAAGCGAAGUAAGGUCCAAUAAUCAUUUUAAUAAUAGGGCUAAAGGGGAAGCGCAAAAGUACAAUAAAGGUAAUUGUCAUGUAUGCGGAAAAUACGGGCAUUAUGCUAGAGAUUGUAGGUUUAAAAAGGGAAAUCCUAGAAAUGAGGGUAGUAAACCUAGUACGAAUAAACCUACAGCAAACGCAUAUUUGAUAUGCACGUAUUGGUCGAAAAAGGGGCCCACUAUAGAUAAAUGUUAUAAAAAUAAGGACAAAUGUGAUAAAGGAUAA